AUGAGGAAGAAGACUGUUGUACAAAUGCCUCCUAGAGAAAAGAUACAUAAGCUUCCUGCAAAACCUAGGUCCUCUACUCGUUCAAGAGACCAAACCUUCACUUUCUCACCUUCACCUCCUACCUCUCCACCACAAACUGAUCCCAUGGCGCGGACCAAGAACACACCAAGAUUCCCAGCCUCUGCCAAGCCAACGCCACCACCAAUGGCACCGCCUUCAAAACCAAGCUCUUCGAAACCUAGCUCAUCCAAGGGCAAACUCCCUGCUGCUGAAGAACCUAUUCCUGAGUCAACUCAGCCUAAGCCAAGGUCUGUUCCAUUGCGUUCACAAAGAGGAAGUGUGCAUUCUUAUGUUAAGGGCAGAGACAUUGUUUUAAAUGAUGAAACAAUCAGUGAUUCUUUGAAGUAUACUGAUGUUGGGCCAUGCGCUUAUACAUCUGUUAAGUGGGAUGAGGGAGUUGGUAUUUCUUACAAUGAUGCUUUGGCUCAUAUUUGUGAACAUCAAAAGGGACCUACUCGUUCAGAGAGAGUGGUCUUGGAUGAUGAAGAUGAUGACUUUAUUCCUGAAGAAUCUCCUCCUCCUUCCACCGAGGAUACUUCCAUCUCCACUAGACAAAAAUCUGAUCUGCUGAAUGUUGUCAAAGAUGUGGAUGAAGACCCUGCCACUGAUGCUGAUGAAGAAGCUGAUUCAGAGGGGACUGGUUUGGAUGCCUAG